AUGUCGUUCCAACUUUUGCAGAUAAAUUUGGUCUCGGCGCAAGACCUGGAGCCGCUGUCCAAGUCGAUGCAGACGUACGCCGUCGCGUGGCUCCACCCGGAGCGCAGAUUGUUGACACGUGUCGACAGAGACGGCCACACCAAUCCCAAGUGGGACGAGAAAUUCUUGUUCCGCGUCGACGACAAGUUCCUCAACAAAGAAAACUCCGCUGUCAUGAUCGAGAUAUACUCUUCGUCGUGGCUGCGCGACACCCUCAUCGGCGCCGUUCGCGUCCUCAUUAGCAAUCUCCUCCUUCCCUCGUCUCGCACCGAAGGCAAAUCCAAAAUGCGGUUCUUCGCGCUUCAGGUCUCCCGCCCCUCCGGCCGGCCGAAAGGGAUUCUUAACAUCGGCGUCGCGCUCCUCGACAGCACCUUGGGUAGCAUGUCGAUGAUAUAUAGCGAGCUUAGCUCGUCGGCCGCUGGCAAUAAGGACCCACAAAACCCCAGGGAUGAGAAAGUCGAGAGAACCCAUUCCAAGAUCCAGCGGAAGCGCUCCCUGAGCGAAGGAACCGAUCUAUUGGGCGAAGGAUACACUAUGAAAAUGAGCUCCAUAUACGAUGAGUCGGAGGUCGCAGCGCCGGACAAGGGCGGGACUGCGCUGUCCUCCGAUGUGGGCCAAGUGGUCCCUGCAGCGGUAGGGAAGGAACUGCGUUUGACAACCGGCGCCGGCGAGGACGAGUUGGAGAGCUCUCUGUGGGAUGAAUGGACGGAUCAUAGUAGCGUGGAGGGGCUGAAGACGAAGAUCGCCAGGUGGCAGAUGACCCUUCCGCCCAUAUUUGAUAACGAGUACCAAAAGUUUGGGUCGCCGAGCAAAAAGCGCACCGGGCACCGGCGGAGCCGCUCGGCCGGUGGCGGGUUGUUUUCGUGCUUUGGAAAUGCUUAUGGGUUUGAAUUUUCCAUUGCUUGUGGUGGUGGCAUUAGAAAGAAAAGGAUCGACAGUGCGAGAGUUCGUCUGAUUAGCGCAUCAGAAAUUACUUUUUGA